AUGCGGAUCUUCGUCCUUCCUCUUACCACGCGGCAAGCCUUGAUCUAUUGCCAACGCGCGGAGCAAAAUGUCACGGGCAAGUCAAGCAUUGCGGAUCGAGUGACUAGCAAGGCGGCGCAAAUAUGGGCAGGCUGGGAGGCCGCAGAUAAAGGCUGGAAGAAACAAAUCGUGAAAUAUGGGAACCAGGGUCUACAACGCAUACCCUACCAGGAGUGGGCAUUAAAAAGCUUUCCGCCUUCGAACCCGAAGUUGCAGGCAGAAGAAAUGGCCGCAGGCAAGAAAUACGACGUGAUCUAUCCUGGGAAUGUCAUGCGGAAAGACGAUGUGCCCAAAGUCAUGGGCAGACUGGCUCGAGAACGGAAGCAGUUGCACUGGAAUCGCUUCGUAGGAAGCAUGAUCGCUAUGCCAUUCACGAUACCAUUCGCAUUGGUGCCUAUAGUACCGAACAUCCCCUUCUUUUACGCGGCUUACCGGUGUUGGUCUCAUUGGAGAGCUCUGAAGGGGUCGGAUCAUUUGGAUUUUAUCUUGGAUCAUCGAUUGUAUCGAUUGCUCUCGCCUCCCGAGAUCGAAGAACUUUACGAACAAGUCGUACCAGAUGCGCCCGACUUUACCUUUGUGACACGCCUCCAACUUCUCGAUGGCAGCACUCCACCCGAAAAGAUUCUACUCCCUGCAGACAGCCAUACAGUCGUUGCCAAAGUGACUGGUGUCCCAGAACUGAGUAACGAGGUUGAGCGUGCCCUGUGGCAGAUACACCGACAAUCUGAACGGGAGGAGGCCCAGCGAACUCAAGAACAGCCGGAGGAAGAAUCCAAGGAGUCCAACAAGGACAGCACAAAGAAAUGA